AAUGUGGUCAGCACACCGUCUAAUCAAAUCACAAGGGGUCAUUCACCCUUGGACUAGUGUCAUUCUUUUUCUAGGGUUUCGUUGAAUCUUCUUCUUCAACUCAACUCAUAUCUAUCCGUAAAUUCAACUUCAACUUCAAUGUAUAGUGGUUCAAGUGACGGUGAAGGACACGAUGCAUCCUCGGUGGCGUCGCGGAAGAUUCCGCCGGCGUCUUCCAUGCUGUGGGUCCGUAACCUCCGCCGUUACAUCGGAUCCGGUGCUGGUCUCGGUUCCGAAGCUCUCAUGGAGCUUGAAACAAAAAGAAUUUUGCUUGAUAUAUUUAAAGAAAAGCAACAAAAGAGUGCUGAAGCUGGCACAAUCCCAAGUUUCUAUAAGAAGAAACCCGAAGAUGGUUCCAUCAGCCAUAGAGUCCAAAGGUUGGCAAAAUAUCGUUUUCUAAAGAAGCAAUCCGAUCAAUUGCUGAAUGCUGAUGAUCUGGAUGCUAUGUGGGUUUGCUUAAGAGAAAAUUGUGUUAUUGAUGAUGCCACUGGUGCAGAGAAGAUGAACUAUGAAGACUUCUGUCACAUUGCCUCUGUUUGUACGGAACAAAUAGGUCCGAAAUGUCGUCGUUUUUUCAGCCCUUCAAAUUUUAUGAAAUUUGAAAAAGAUGAAUCAGGAAGAAUUGCCAUUUUGCCCUUUUAUCUCUACGUAAUGCGCACGGUUUCACUUACUCAGGCCAGAAUUGAUAUGAGUGAGCUUGAUGAGGAUUCUGAUGGGUUUCUUCAACCUAAUGAAAUGGAAGCUUAUAUUCGAGGUCUUAUCCCUAAUUUGGCUCAACUACGUGAUAUGCCUGGACCUUUUGUUCAUAUGUAUUGUAAAAUAGCUGCACGCAAAUUCUUUUUCUUUUGUGAUCCCAAUAGACGAGGUAAGGCAUGCAUAAAGAAGGUGCUGCUUAGUAACUGUCUUCAAGAACUUAUGGAACUGCACCAGGAGAGCGAGGAAGAAGUUACUGAUACUGAACAGGCUGAAAACUGGUUUUCAUUGACAUCUGCACAGCGUAUCUGUGAUAUGUUUCUUGCACUCGAUAAAGACUCAAACGGUACACUUAGCAAGCAGGAACUUAGAGAAUACGCAGAUGGUACACUCACAGAUAUAUUUAUUGAGAGGGCAUUUGAUGAACAUGUGCGACGCGGUAAAAUUGGGAAUGGGAAUGCUCGAGAGAUGGAUUUCGAGAAUUUUCUUGACUUUGUUCUAGCCCUAGAGAAUAAAGAUACUCCAGAGGGUAUAACUUAUCUAUUCAGAUGUCUAGAUCUUCAUGGAAGGGGAUUCCUCACAACAGCUGAUAUUCACACGCUUUUCAGAGACGUGCACCAGAAAUGGAUCGAGGGUGGAAAUUAUGAACUGUGCAUAGAGGAUGUUAGGGAUGAAAUCUGGGAUAUGGUGAAGCCAGCUGAUCCGUUAAGGAUCACGCUUUCAGAUUUGUUAUCCUGCAAACAAGGUGGGACGGUUGCGAGUAUGCUUAUAGACGUACGCGGUUUCUGGGCCCACGACAACAGAGAAAACCUUCUUCAAGAAGAGGAAGAGCCUGAAGAAGAAUAGUGGAUUUGGUAUGCUUAAUAAUGUGACAAUAAUAACCAUAUACAUAUUAACACCCUUUCAAGAACCAUGUGUGUAUCUUAUGUAAAAAUUGACAAUUUGUAGUGCUUGCUUUACUUUACACACUAAUUUGUUUCAGUGCUAUUGAUUGUUAAAAAUGUACUAUAUGUUUGCGUGCAA